AUGGCUUCGGCAUAUUUUAAGGUGAAAAUGUUACGAAAGAAGAAAAAGAAGAUCGCUGAAUCGAAAAAGCAAACAACUGCUACAGCUGAAAACACCUGUCGAAUUUGUUUAAAAGAAGGUAAAAUACCGAUUUAUACAGACAAUGGCCCUUCGGAUGUGUCCGAAGCUAUUAGAACUUUUGGCGAUAUUCAAAUAAGUGAAAACGAUGAGUUUCCUAAAUAUCUAUGUGAGCAAUGCCAAUCGCUUCUACAAGGUGCAAUAUCAUUUCGAAAAUCUGCAAAAAACGCUGAUUCGGUACUUCGUCAAGGUUUUUUAGAUCCACCCGAUCUACGAGCUGAGUCCGAAGUGAGUGAUAUAUCUAAUGAAAACAUUUUGAAUGAUGACAAUAUUUUAAAAAAGUAUAAUUGCAAAUUGUGUAAAUUAGAGUUUGAAACACGGAAUGAGUUAACGAUUCACAAGAGUUCAAAGCAGCACAAACGAGUACGAAUCCAAUGUCAAAUUUGUUACAGAUUAUUCACUGCCACAUUGUUUAAUAGGCACUUGCUCAGGCACCAGACUGCGACGCAUUUGGUUUGCGAUGUCUGCGGUAAGCUUUACCGGAAAGAUAAUUUAGUCCGGCACUUGCAGUUACACUCUUACGAACUCCCAUUCAAAUGCCAGGUGUGUCCGUACAGGGGAAGGUUUUUGGAGUCCUUGAAAAUACACAGAAGGACACAUACAGGUGAUAAACCAUUUAGUUGUGAUAAGUGCGACCUUCGGUUUUUAACCAGAAGUAAUUUGAAUAGACAUUUAUUGACCCAUAAGAAGGAGAAACCACAUAAAUGUGUCGAAUGUGGACGAAGUUUUUAUACCAAACGUGACUUGGAUGUACAUUUUAAGGCUGAUCACGCAGGGAUUAAAGAUUUUGGAUGUAAAAUGUGUAGGAACAAGUAUGGCACAAAGAAAGCGCUAAUGAGGCACGAAUUGACGGUGCACAAAAGAAAUAAAAUGGCAAAAGGACGAAUGCCGCUAUAUUUGCAGGCUGAAUACAAGAAUUCCAAUGACGACCUUUAUUAUAAUAAAAUAACAUAA